UUCAUCAUUCUUAUACAUUGUCCAAUCAACAACAUAACGCACAACAAAUUCUCUCAAGAUUUCUUGCUCUUACAAAUGGGAAAUGCAGCAGUGACUCCAUGCUUUCAUCCAAAGAAUUCAUUGUUAUCGUCAUCCUCAUCGUCGAAACUUAUUUUCUGGGAUGGCACCAUGAGAUCUCUCAAGGGUAAGCACAUUGCUAGUGAGAUCAUGCUUGAGUUCCCAAACAAGGUAGUUUGCCAUGCAAAUUCCUUCUUCAUUGGACACCCAAUUCCUGCUUUAGCCUUAGAGGACGAACUCAUUCAAGGUGAAGCCUAUUUUGUUCUCCCAAUUGAUAGCUUCACAUGCAAAACCCUAUCUGUGUCUUCACUCUUGUCCUUGGGAUCACACCCAAAUAACAAAUCCACCAUCAAAUUUGGGGAGUGUGCUUUUGAGUACUUGAAAGGUUCCAAUGGAAGGAUGCUGAUAAAGGUCACUCCUGAGUUCAUCACAAGCCUAGUCAAUAGAAGUAAAAGACCAUGUUGCCCCAGCAGCAAUGUUGACAACAACUUCCUAUGUAGCACUCCUGAGUUGAGAAAACACUAUCAAAUGCUUGUGAAGUCUAAGGACCAAGUUUGGUCACCUAAGCUUGAAACCAUUUCGGAGUACAAGGUUAAGUUUUCACCGGGUAGAUUUAUAGGUUUAGAAAGGAAAGAAAAAGAAAAGGCAGAGGUUGUAUCUACUAGAUAGUUUUCAUGUAUUAAAGUAGAGACUAGUAUAAACUUGAAAUUUGUACAAUUAUACAUCACACAUAUAAACAUCAGUUAAUUACGGCCCUAGUUUUGUUCAUAA